AAUGAACGCCAAAAACUAUAAGCGUUGAAAAGCACAAAUCUAAGAAAAUAAAUGCUAGCACAAACUCUUCAACGGUAGGCAGUCUUAGCUGAAUUAGUUUUAAAAGGGGUGAUUUUCUUUUCAAUUUUUGGUUUCAGAUUUCCUGGCUAAAAAUCUUUGUGUCCCUUUAAAUUAAUUUCUCGGUUAAUUUGUACUUCCCAUUGUACGUUGAUGAGUUAUAUUUCUCCUCUGCUAACUGCCAGGGUGGCAUAUAACAUCUGGAUGUGUGCAUGUGCACAUAUAUCGCAUAUUUCAACAAAGUCACAUAGUACUGUAUAACUCUUUUUCCUUGAUGCCUGCACUCAUGUCUGAAUAUUCAAACACAAUCUUGAGAUGUCUGCGUAGCAAUUUUUGACUAUUGUCAGAGAGUCUCACAGUGAGUCUUCUUUCCUUUCUUAUAUUACAAGCAUUAUUUUAAAUGCUGCAAAGCAGCAUAGCACCUGCCAGCCUUCAGUUGUUUAUAUCCAUAGUAUGCUGUACUGCUUUUCACUUAGCAAUCAGUGUUUCUAUAUUAUGGAUAUUCAAUUCUAGCAGACUCCAGCAAAUUUAAUUCUCUCUCUGUUCUGUUGCCAACCUUGCCCACACUACAUGAAUAUUAUUUACCAUAUAGUUUCACUGAGUUGCUUCGCACUUUGUUUAUAAGCAUGCUGGUAUACUUCACCUUGGAUAGUUUCUGAUAAACUGCACAAUUCCCUGAACAAAACAGUACCUCUCAUUUUUCCUGCCAGAGUUAUUCUCCUAAUAUUAAUACUCCUGAAGACUGUUCCACUCUUUGGUUGGUUCUGCUUAUUUCCUGGUUAAUGCAGCUAAUGUAACUACAGCAAUAAUAAAAAUCAUUUUGUAUUGAGAAGUCAGAAUGAUUAUGAGCUGCUUUGAUUUUAAUUUCAAUUUAUGGUUACAAAUUUUCAGACUAAGCAUGCUUGUGUUCAUGCAGACUCUGAAUCUCUUGGAAAACAGUGAUGGGCUAUCUGCCCAAUGCCAUCUUAAGGACACUGGGUCUAACUCAGACAUGUCCUGUAUUGACUAAUGACAGUGCUGACACAUGUGCUUGCUGGCAUCGUUUAAUCCUGGCUCAGAGCUGAAUCUGACUCUGGCUCAUCAGUCUAAACAGCCUGUUGCUUGUAAAUGUCCAGUUCCAGUGACAACACAUAAGCAAGAAGCCUAGAAAGCAUUCUGAGUCUUUGAACAUUGAACUUCACCAUUCUUGAUAGGCCCCCAGUUCACCAAUGCCCAGGCUCCAUGGUGUGUCUUCCAGCUAAUAUUAUGCAUUUUGUACAGGUUGGCCUUGGACAUAUGCCUGCUGUUGAUGUUUUUUGUUGCAUUACUGGUGGUUUUACUGGAUGAAGCACUACAUCCAGAUGUGUGCAGUACUGAGUACAGCUGCACUGAUGACUCUAUGGUGUAAACUUAUGAUAUUGCAUCAGGUAUGGCAUGAACUGGCAUCUGGGCCAGUAUAUGUGAAUACGCUCUACAAACUUUAUAUUCAACUUCAGGUCUGUUUGGUACAAUCCAUUCCGACCAAAAAUUUGCUGUUCAGACCUGCAGAACCUACCUGCCUGCUGGAAGUAGGCUACUUUAUUUAUCAGAAGUCAGAUUGGAGGCUGUUUUCCACAAGAGAGAUCAACACCAUUGAUGCUUCCCUCACAUGAUGAGCUGUCUCGUACUGCUCUGGUCAGGGGUACUGGGGGCAGGUGGCCUCCUGGUUUAAGGUGCAUCAACCAGCCUGAAUUGAGAGCUGAGAAGACAUUGUGCUGGUCAACAUACAUCCAGGGAAGUUUUUCUACAAUAUUGUGGUAGCCCAGAUCUGUGAGAAGUUUAUCCAGGCACAUGUAGACACAUGUAGACAUCACAUGUAGGCACAGGUAGACAGCCCUCUGGCAUAGGAUGCUCUAGCCCAUGGAUAGCCUCAUCACCUGAUAUAUGACUUUCCUCCUUUACUGCUCAUUUUUCCCACUUGGCAGGAUGCAGCAACUAGGCCAAAAAACUUUACUUCUGGCCUUAAGAUGGGUAGCAAGACCUUUUUUGCACUGCUACUUUCCAUGGAUUAUGGUCUGAUUCCAACACGGUGUAGAUACUGAAUGUAUGCACUGUCUUGACAGUGUAUCCACCACACCACUUUACAGCCCUGGCAUUUGAAUUGCUCUCAGUGUGGUUAGAUCCACCUGAGAACAUUUUGCACAAGAUGCCAGUAAUAAUUCCACCUAUUAAAUGUAAGUGAGUGAUUUGUGUAGGUAGGUGAGUGGACCAAGUAUGUCUGUGAGAUACUUCACUUUUAAAGAAGUCCAUUAUUAAAAAAGCCUUUACUUUAAUAAGUGCUGAUAAUUACCAACUCAUUGCGACAAUUAUCAUAAAGUCAGUCUGGAUUGCCAGGAAUUCCUCUGCUUUCAAUUCGAUACCUACUAGUUUGAUCACAAAAGAGCCAGUGCUGACUUUAGAUUGCUGAAUGGAUAUACUAGCUAUAUGAUGACAUCUUAAAGACUGGUAUGUCAUUACAAGAUAUUGGCAUGACAGUUAUUCCUUGUUUGCUACGUACCAUGUCAUAUUAAAACCUCAUUUUGUCCUGAAAUUAUAAUUACAUGCUACAUGUAUAAAAAUGUUACCCUUAAGUUUAAUGGAAAUGUGGCUUUUCUAAAGACAGCACUUGAUUACAUUUGAAGUUUAGCAAGACUGUAAGGAGCAAGUGUGUUUUUAAAAGUUUUUAGAUAACAGAUCCUGCAAACCUUCAAGGUUAAAUGCCAGCCUCAAUCCAUGAGAUUAAAGUUAAAGCAAUAGAAAGCCUACAGACUGGAACUGACGAGAAUGCUGAGAAGAACAGCAGCAAACAUAUUUCAAAGAUUAAGCUAACAAAAAAAUUAUUUUAUGUCUUAUCUUAAAAAAAUUAAGAACAGUGCAAUGCAAGUAUUUAUUAUUAUGUGAUUCACUGAAUUUUUUAGUUAAAUAUCUAGAUAGAUUUUUAACCCUACUCAUUGUUACAUUAUUUGCUCAGUCUUGAUCAGGCUUAAAUGUUACUCUGAAGCUCGUAACCUUAUGAAGUAAAAUAAGGUUUUAAUAGUUUGACUACUAUGGAUACCUCGUAAAAACAAAAUCCUUUUGAUGCUGAUAAAAUAAUUAGAAACAAGAGCUUGUCAAACAGAAAAGACAUGUGUAAACAUCCCUAAUUUUAUAACACUUGUGACCUAAGGAGGAAAAUAUUACACAAGAUGUUGAAUGAGUGGCUUGACAUAAACACAGCUUCUCUUACUCUGUAGGUAAUACUGAAUAGAGGGUUAAGUUUAAAUGUGGCCUCAAUCCUGUAAUUAUUAACUGACUUAAUUGCAGGUGGGGCACAGUGCACAUAUCACCCGGCAGUGUCUGUGAAAAGUAUAUGCACUGGAAAUCCAUCUGUUAAUACACAUAUAGACAUGGACAGCACAUCUAAGAAACUUCAGCUAAAGUCAGAGGUGGGACUGAUAGGAGGAGUGUCUCUCAUUGCCGGGGUCAUGAUCGGCUCAGGGAUCUUCAUGUCCCCGCAGACUGUACUGAUAAACAUCGGGAGUCCUGGGGCUAGCUUGGUGAUAUGGGCCUGCUGUGGACUGUUGGCAAUGCUCGCAUCACUGAGUUACGCUGAGCUAGGAACAGUAAUCCGUGAAUCUGGAGGUGAAUACAUCUAUAUAAUACGCACUUCUGGCAACCUGAUGGCUUUUAUUUUUGCCUUCACCUCUGUGCUGGUUGUGAGACCAACCAGUAUGACUGGACUGGCUCUCAGCUUUGCCCAGAAUGCUGUUGCACCCUUCUAUGAAAGCUGUGCACCUCCGGAUGUGGUGGUGAAGUCUGUAGCAGCUGCUGGCCUCUUAAUCUUAGUCAUAGUGAACUGCCUGAAUGUACGCUUUUCCAUAGCUGUCACCACAAUCCUCAUGGCAGUUAAAUUCCUUACACUGCUGGUUAUUUCCAUCUGUGGUGUGGUGUUGCUUAUUCAAGGAAACACCAGUAAUCUUCAAAAUGCAUUUGAGGGGACCAGCCAAAGCGUUGGUGUGAUUGGAAUGGCUUUCUAUCAGUGUCUGUGGUCCUACGAUGGCUGGAACAACCUGAACUCUGUGACUGAAGAGCUUAAGUGUCCUCAGGUAAAUCUCCUCCGGGCAUUGAUUAUUGCCAUCCCGAUGGUAACACUCCUCUACUUGCUGGUCAAUAUCAGUUAUCUGGCUGCCAUGACUCCAAGAGAGAUGAUGGUAUCCAGUGCUGUGGCAGUUACUUGGGGCAAUAAGGUCCUGGGCAGUUGGGGCUGGGUGAUGUCUACUGCAGCAGCACUGUCAUCCUUAGGCUCUCUGAAUGGAUCGUUCUUCAGCGGAGGACGAGUUUGCUUUGUAGCUGCCCGAGAGGGUCAUAUGCCUAACAUCCUGGCCAUGGCCCAUGUGCGGCGCCUCACUCCGUCUCCAGCUCUUAUCUUCACCACCAUCAUCUCCCUCAUUGUGCUCAUUCCUGGAGAUUUUCAGGGCAUAGUAAACUUCUUCAGCUUUACAGCCUGGUUCUUCUAUGGAGUUACGAUAUCAGGGUUACUCUACAUAAAAAUAAAAUUUCCUGAACUUCCUCGAGCAUACACGGUACCCAUUUUUAUCCCUAUCCUGGUGCUGCUGGCAGCUGUGUUCCUGGUUCUAGCACCCAUCAUUGACAAUCCUCAGCUUGAGUACCUGUAUGUCACCCUCUUCAUCCUAAGUGGAGCUUUGAUUUAUAUUCCAUUCAUUCACUUUAAACUGUGUCCAGGCCUGCUGGACAAACUCACAGUGGUCCUGCAGCUCUUCCUGGAGGUAGCACCAGCUGACAAAAAUGUAUAAAACAGCAUGUCAGACUGGGAGGCAAAGCAUUUUGGCCUCUUGGUCAAUUUUUGGCCCUUAAUGUUCCCAAAUCAAUGUUUCACCAAGUUCAUCAGUCAGUUACAGCUUACACUGUUUAAGUUUUUAUCAAUUAUAAAUUUUGGCUGAGUCUUUAAAAGCAUUGCAUCACAAAGAUUGCUAUUAAAUGAUAGAGCAAGCAUCACACUAGAUACUCAUUGUACUGUAUUAAGAUAAUCUUAACUUUAUUAUACUUUUGAGGAAAUAUGCUUACAUUCCUAUGUUAUUAGGAAUUCCUAUGUUAUUGGGUGUUUUUUUUUCAAACAAAUAAACAGGUGGAAACUG